CAGGUAGGCCCGGCCAUUGCACUGGCUAGUGAGACCUGUACGUCGGGUAGUGCAUUCAUGGUGCAUGAAGAUGAACUCCAACUAAGGACAAGAUAUAAAACAGGGACAGAUCUAACAUGCUCAGCAGGGUGUUUUUGACGUGUCAAACACACCUGGCAAGAUCCAGGUUUAUGACAACUUUUCAGUCAACGUCAAAGGUUCCACAAGCUCCAACAUGGAAAGACCCAGAUCCUGAAUUGCUUCCUGAGCACACUGAGAUUGAGUCAGACCUCAUUUACCAUCUGGAGCAACUUGCCCUGGUAGAUUUUGGUAAUGAUGCUGGAGUUGAACGUCUUACAAAUGCCAUCAAGUUUGCUGAUAUGCUGCAGCUAGUGGACACCAAUGGUGUAGCUCCCAUGGAUUCAGUCUUGGAAGACAGGUUUCUCUAUCUCAGACAAGAUAUUGUCACGGAGGGGAAUUGCAGAAGUGAUAUAAUGAAGAAUGCAAAGAAUACAGUCGAGGAGUACUUUGUUGCUCCACCAGGUAAUAUUCCUUUGAAGAAGAAAGACAAGGACUACAUUCCUGUGGGCGACGGUUGAAUUCAACUGGCCAUACAACACAAAUUAACACCAAUGGCUGCCAAUUAUUUAAUAGCACCGAGUUCCUUUAUUGGGGUACAUUUUCUAUCGUUGAACAUGUCCCUUCCUAAGAAAACUUAGAACAGCACGCCUCCUCGUGUAGUGUUAUUGUACUGAUUUGACUUUUAUAACUCUAUAUAAUUUCUCAUCCUGGUGCAGGGCCGGAGAAUUGAACCCCUGAUUCCUCUGGAUGCUAUUAAGGUCUUUAAUAGUCAGUUGUAUUGACGAGUCUGAUGUAUUAUGAUCGGGGAACUAUUAGUUUUAUUGAGCUGUUUUUAAUAAAUUUUUAUUA